AUGGCUUUGAGGCAUUCGGUCAACAGGGUGGGUUUGAUCCCCCGUAGAGCAUUCUCUACUGCUGCAACCAGGUUGCAAGAGCAGGGAAGACCUUUGGUUCCUCCAACCUUGAAGGAAAGAAUAAAGAACGCAAAAAUAACCAUACGUCGUGAUGUCACAUUAGGAGGAUUGUACCAUGCAGAGGCCGAAAGGUUGAGAGUUAUUCCCAAGUUGAAAACCUUUUUCGGAGGUAUUCCGGUUCAUGAAGAGAACAUGAACGAGUUAAACGCCAUAAUACGGAAGUAUAUCAACCUUCCAACCAGAUUACUUACUGAUGAAGAACUUCGUGCCACCAAAUUCAUCUCGUUUGAAACAUACAAAGAAAUGACCCAGUCUGGUACCAGAUUCAAGGCUUUGCAUUUCAAGGAAUUGACUCAAGCUUUGCAUAGAUUAAGAAGUAUCGAUUCACAAUUAAUGCCCAAGGAAGUUUCUGAAGUAUUGGAAAAGUACAGAAACAACUCAGGUGACUCCCUCACAUUAACCCAAAAAGAAAAGACUCUUGACGAAUUCGGUAGAGCCUUUGGUAAGGCCAAGAGAAAGGCCUCCAGUGCUGAAGUCCAAGUUGUGAGAGGAGAGGGGGAGAUCUUGGUCAAUGGUAGAUCUGUCACUGAUUACUUCCCAAGAGACUCAGACCGUCAAAAAUUGGCCUACCCAUUCAAGGUGAUCGGUCAAGAGGGUGGUUACAACAUCUUCGCUACCGUCAGCGGAGGUGGUGUUUCCGGGCAAGUUGAAGCUGUGAUGUACGCUGUUGCAAAGGCAUUGAUUGUUUUCAACCCCUUACUCAAGCCUAGAUUGAAGAAGGCCGGUUUGAUGACCAGUGACAGCAGAAUUGUGGAGAGAAAGAAGCCGGGUAAGGUCAAGGCCAGAAAGUCUCCAACCUGGGUUAAGCGUUAG